AUGAACGCUGAUUCUUUCUCUGGCGCUCGACUUGGCCGGGGCAAGGUUCCCCCAACUCUCCUCCCGAGCCAUCAGAUUGACUUUUUUAAACCAUUCACUCCUCGUAAUCGACGCUUUGGGUUGUCCAGCCCCAACCAGCUCUUGGAUGCAGCUGGGAAGCCGCUGCCGACACCGCCUCAUCGACCUCCCCACCUACUAGGUCAACUGCAGCCGUCGUUGUUAUCUGCUCCACCAACUCCGCCCAGCAUGUUUGAUCCGCGAUGGGAGCUUCAGUUCCCUUCUACCUUGGUUUACUACAACCACGACAACGGUAAUCCCUGGAAGAAAGAUAUCGAACGACACCAGACAGCCGCUGCUUACUGGCGGCAAGCGUAUCAUACCACUUGCGCCGACUUGUCCGAGGCUUUGUACCUCCUCCAAUGCCGCGUUACGGACUUGGAAGAGCGUCUGUCCAACUCUAAGCAGCAGGUACGGUCUAGACACGAAUUGCAGGGUUCCUACGCGCUAACAACAAAGACGGAGGAACGUAAAUGGCAGCCCAACAGUCCUUCAACUCCAACGGCGAUCACGGUGCCGCAUGAUGCUCAUGACAACGUUGUCUGA